AUGAUCUAUUUGGUCAUAUGUAUCACUGAUCAUAUUUCCCUAUAUAUCUUAUUCUGUUCAUAUCUAUCUAUCUAUCUAUCUAUCUAUCUAUCUAUCUAUCUAUCUAUCUAUCUAUCUAUCUAUCUCAAUCUGUGUAUAUCUAUCUAUCUAUCUAUCUAUCUAUCUAUCUAUCUAUCUAUCUAUCUCAAUCUGUGUAUAUCUAUCUAUCUAUCUAUCUAUCUAUCUCAAUCUGUGUAUAUCUAUCUAUCUAUCUAUCUAUCUAUCUAUCUAUCUCAGUCUGUUCAUAUCUAUCUAUCUUUAGCCUGUAUCUAUUCAUCUAUCUGUCAAUCUAUCUUAGCCUGUUCAUAUUUAUUUAUCUAUAUCUUCCUAUUCCAUUUUAUCUCUCUGUGUCUGGUCUGGUCUAUCUAUCUAUCUAUCUAUCUAUCUAUCUAUCUAUCUAUCUAUCUAUCUAUCUUAUUCUGUUUACAUAAUGUGACUAUCUAUCUAUCUAUCUAUCUAUCUAUCUAUCUAUCUAUCUUAUCUGUUCAUAUCUAUCUAUCUAUCUAUCUAUCUAUCUAUCUAUCUAUUUCCCUGAAUCACCCAACUCCUGAUCAGUCUUGCAAACUAUGA